UUAGGAGAACAGCUGGUUCAGUGGGUCCCCUCCAGUGGAGUAGAUGUGGUGGAGCUGGAGGACGAAGGCGCAUGUGUUCGCUUCAGCCCCCUCCUGACUGCUGCAGUCCUGGGCACGCAGCAGGAGAACACAGAGGAGCUGGUGGAGAAGCUGUCGGAGCUGGUGCCUGCCAUGUGCUCCACCAUGAGCCUCAGGCAGGACUUCAGAGAGGAGGUCCACCGACACUCGCCCUCGCUCGCGUACCGAGAGCAGCUGAGCUGGCCCGGCCUCGGCGCUGUCCGGUACGAGCCUCAGGCUGAGGGGAUGGAUGAGAGCAGGAGGGAGGAGGAGCUGCAGAAGAUCAACAGUGAGCUACUGAAGAAACUUCAAGAACUGGACUCUGACAUCAUCUUUUCCUCCGGCCCUGAGUUUGGGACAGAGGAGGACUGUAUCUUUGUUGGCAUGGUGACCGAGGACAUGGAUGUUUCAGAGUUGGUGGACACAGUAGCUGCCCUCGGGAGGGACAUAGAGGAAAGCGGAAGGGUAACUGCUAUAAAUAUAAAU